AUGUCUAGACCCUUCAAGAUUGAAUUCCUCGCCAAUGGCCAGCAUGCUUCCGACUCCACCGUCGACAGCUGGGAACUCCACGCCUCCCGACGCGCUUUGAUGAAUAUCAAAACCUUCCUCUUCCAACAACCAAUGCUGGAUCUCCUCAAACCCCAAAUCGAAGCUGGAGAUGCAUACUUUCACUCGCUGGUAGCAGCGUCAAAUGGUAAAUACAGAGAAUGCCGGACGGAUUUGAAAGUGUCCGGGAUUACAGCUACGCGGAUUCUGGAGACCCGAAUGCAAUGGCUUCGCAUGUCAGCCGAGGAGAUGGCGCUUCAACGUCUCCUCCCGAUGCAUCCUGAGCACUACACCAUACCACAUUAUCCAGAUGGUAUUGUAGAACUGAUUGGUGGGCAUAUGGCACGAGUUCGAAUCAUCACCACCGAUCGAGUCCCAGAGUGGGUGAUGGAUUAUGGGGAUGCAAAGUAUCCCAAGAAGAAGUCUGCAAUUGGCCAAAUUGAUGAUGGGGCUGUUUUGUUUUAUAUUCUGCAUGAGUUUAGAGAUGCUGAGUCUGGAUGUGAUAUUAUUCUGCGACUGCUUUUUCCUGAUGCUGCGCCGGAGGUUCUUUUCAAGGAGCAUGCGGAACACCUGGCGAUCGAGUUUCGUGCUGCGAUAAGAAGGGCAUACGAGGAUGGCAACUGUUCCAGUAUUUGA